AUGUAUGCAUCAAAUGAAGAUGAAUUCAAUCGAGAACACGAUGAUUGGGUUUUCUUGCGUCAAUCAUCACCAAACACGAAUUCUAUGCAUGGCGCUAUGAACCUUGUUGAUCAUGAACACACCAUUUCCAGUUCGUCGUCAAGUACGAGUAGCAGCGAUAGCAGUUUGUCAACAUCGGAGCGAAGUGACUCGGUAUCAUCGAUUGAAAUUGAACAAGACAAAAGUGAAGAACCGGUUUUAACUAGUCAAACAAAUGAUUCAUUAGUAGAAGGUGAACUCAAAGAACAAGGUUUAUCUUCGGAAAUUCCGAUUAAACAAGUCAACGAGGGUGAAACGAGUCCGGUUAUUAAUGAAUACGAAUUACCACAUAGUGCAUGUGAUUCAAGCCAGGAAACAAUCACAUUCACAAGUCAUCUGCGUCGACGCACCGGUGCAAAUGUGCAAGAAACAGGUGACCAAUACGUGCCAACUAUUGAGCAGGGAAGUCGAUCUUCACGAUCAUCAAGUCAACAUCCACGGAAGAGAAAUGCGUUGCUCAUCUAUGGUCUCCUAGUAUUACUUUUAGCUUUACCAAUAGUUCUAUGUCGAUUUGCAACAUCGCAACGGCAUGUGCUUGAUAAAAUAACGAAGAAUUUACAACAGACAAAUCAACGUUUGGAUCAGAUAAAGAAUGUUCCAAUCGAAGAUCUUGAGCAGAAACUGGCGAAACAACUGGAAGAGAAGUUUCAAGGAAUUUUGAAACAAAAGAUGAUUGAACAUCAUCAAGAGAAAUUCUCGUUAAUUUCACAAAUUAAUGAACUUUAUCAUAUUAUUCAUAUGACACAACUGAAUUUAACCAAUACAAUUCAUCAAUUAUCGAAUGAAAAUGAACGAUUACAAAAGCAAGUCAUUGGAUUGGAAAAACGGCAAGAGAUCAUGGAAGAACAACACGCAAAAAUCAAUAUCACAUGUUCGCAAAGCACGGAUCAGGCCAAAGUGAUUGUAUCACCCUUGGAAAACAUGAUUAGUAAUGUUAUCAAACAAACGACAUCGAUCACGACAAACACGUCGGAAAGUCUCGCGGUUUUUUUCGAACAAAUGAGUACGACAAUAUCUGAUUUUGUCGACAAUCGCCAUGAAUAUGUCGAAGAAACCAAACAGAAACUAAAUGGCUUUGCUAAGUCAGAAACCGCUGAGAAAGUUAAAAAAACUAUUCGCCGCAGUGUCGAAAACUUCUCUUCAUCUAUUCAUCAAGCUCAAACCUCAUACGCAACAUGGAUGCGAUCACGUGCUGAACAACGUGAACAAGCUCGUAUGAAUAGCAUAAAUUCCGAAGACAGUGGCAAAUCUGUCCGACGUCCAUGGCGUUGGACAUUUCAACGUAGUCAUGAUCGUCAGAAGCUACGUCAUGAGAUUCCCGUAACAAAAAAACAUACAUCCAACAAAGAGUAUGUUUGUAAUUCGCAUUACGAUUUCCCGGUGAAUCAAUUAUGUACAAUGAAGAAUUGGAUGGACAAACUUUUUCAACCCCACAUCUUUUUUUUGUAUCCUGUACAAAUGACGACUACUACGAGUGGAGUAGACGCAGAUGAUGAUGCAUUUGACGCUGACGAUGAUCGAUAUGACACACUUAUACUUCCACCUGACGUCCAACAAGUCAUUGAUCAGAUAUUACCAAGCACAGAUGAAAUCGAUCGGAUUGAUUUCAAUCCCGUUGAUUAUAUCAAUCAAUUGUUUCCUACGGAGCAAUCUUUAGCAAAUAUAGAUGAAGUCAUUGGCAAUGUGAAAUCGAAAAUUCGUACCCUAGAUAAUGAUAUUCGCUUAACUAUACGUGGUCAUUCAGAUACUGGUAUGGAUGAACAUAAAAUAUUAGAUGAUGCUCGAAAUGCCAUUGCAUUAUUAUAUCAGCAAAUGUGUGAAAUUAAAGACAAAGCCGAUAAAUCCGAAGAAAUGGUUAAAGAAAUCACUCGAGACAUCAAACAACUUGAUAUCGCCAAGAAGAAUUUAACCACCUCAAUCACAACAUUGAAUAAUCUUCAAAUGUUAAUCGAAGGCAUUGACAAAAUCGAAAGUGCUGUGAAAAAGAAGUCCUACGGUGAUAUAGCUCAUUUACUGCAUCCAGUUAUUAGUGUAUUAGAACAUUUUCAACCUUACAUGAGCAUUUCACAAAUACAAGAACUAUCUUCGAAUGUUAAAGAACUAACUGCUCAAAUAAACGCUCAGGUUCGAAAAGAAUGUGAAGAUGCUUUCAAUGGCCCCAAUGCUAAAAAUUUUACGCCAAAUCAACAUUUCGCUGAUGUAUGUAAAAUAAUCGACGUCAUUGACCCUAAACUAAGAUUAGAAGUCAUAAAUUGGUUUUUAAAGACGCAUCUUUCGGAAUACUCAAUAUUGUACCAAGAAUCUCAAGAAUUAGCAUGGCUAGAUAAAAUCGAUCGUCGAUAUGCUUGGUUAAAACGUUCACUUGUUGAAUACGAUGAAAAGUUUUCACGAAUAUUUCCAGCACAUUGGGACAUGGCCGAGCGGUUAACCGUGGAAUUCUGUAAAAUCACUAGACGUGACUUGGCGAAUAUUAUGCUUAAGCGUAAGAAUGAAAUAGAUGUGAAAUUAUUACGAUUUGCUCUGGAGAAGACAGUCGGGUUCGAGACGAUUGUCGAGAAGCGUUUUCCCGGUAAUACACUCGACUAUGUUAACAAUCCAAUUACUAACCAUAUGAACGUGAAACUGACAAGUCCGAACGAAGCCGACGAUUUGAACUUAUCAAGUAGUUCCAAAGCCAAAUCUUCCCCCUUCCAAGGAAUCAUUUCGCAAUGCUUCGAAGAUCAUCUCGAUAUCUAUAUCGCUGAAUUAGAUCGAAGUUUGUCUGAUCAGAUUCAAAAAUUUGUUGACGAACACAAAAAAGAUGGCUAUCCUGUGUUCGAAGGCGGCGAAGAUACGAACAACGUUUUACCGACCAGUGGAGAACUAUUCGUCUAUUUUCGCAAUUGUCUUGUGCAAUGUGCGAAAUUAAGCACCGGUCAGCCUUUAAUGUUACUUCAACAAACAUUUCAAAAAUACCUGCGUGAAUAUGCCAAUCGAAUUCUUACAGCGAAUUUACCGAAAACAAAUACAGCUGCAUCUACAUUGGUUGGUACAGCAACGAUCUUCAUACAAAACCUGCCGAACAUUCCAUCAAUGUUGAAAGAAGGCGAAGCGGUAGCUAAAUUGAACGAAUCGGAAAUCUGCCGAUCGUGUAGUGUUCUAUGUACUGCAGAAUAUUGCGUUGAAACUAUUCAACAGUUGGAAGAUAAAAUGAAGGAGAAGAUCACAAAAACACUAGUAGAGAAAAUAACAUUCGAAGCGGAAAGAAAUGUUUUUAAAGUUAUCAUUACCCAGUCAAUUCAGAUACUUAUUCAAGAUUUAGAAACUGCCUGUGAACCAGCCUUAAUCGUCAUGACUAAAUUGUCUUGGCAAACACUUGAGACAGUCGGUGAUCAGUCUCUGUAUAUCACAACGAUCAUCAAUCAUCUGAAAACAAUUGUUCCACUCAUACGUAAUCAUCUAGGAUCCUCUCGCAAGUAUUUCAUCCAAUUUUGUACGUCGUUUGUCAGUUCGUUCAUUCCGAAAUUCAUCAAUCAUUUAUAUCGUUGCAAACCGAUCAACAUGAUCGGCGCCGAACAACUUCUACUCGACACUCACUCAUUGAAAACUGUUCUUCUGGACUUACCAUCGAUUAGUUUGCCUGUAUCACGAAAACCUCCGCAGAACUUUACAAAAAUUGUUCUGAAAGGAAUGACACGCGCAGAAAUGAUUCUCAAAGUUGUUCUCACUCCGAAUGAUUCAGCGCGACAAUUUGUGAAGAAUUAUCUACAAUUCAUGAAUAACGAUGGUGACAUAGGUUCAUUCCAAAAAGUUCUCGAUAUGAAAGCUAUUCGAAAACCUGACCAAGCACAUCUAAUCGAACGUUUUAAGAAGGAACACGCCGCGAUUCUAGCUAGUCAUCAACAACAAAGCCAACAACAGUGA